GGCUUCCUGCUGACGCGCGUGGAGCUGCCCGAGCGCAGCGCCUGCGCCGCCCGGCCGCCGGGGCCGGGGCCGCCGGGGCCGGGGCCGGGCGGCGAGGGCUGCUGGCUGCCGCGGCGCUUCCCGCGCGCCGUACUGGUGCUGAUCGACGCGCUGGCCUUCGAGUUCGCGCGCUUCGAGCCGGCGCGGCGCGCGCCGCGGCCCUUCGAGAACCGGCUGCCGGUGCUGCACGAGCUGGCGCGGCGGCAGCCCCGGCACGGGCGCCUGUUCCGCUUCCGCGCCGACCCGCCCACCACCACCAUGCAGCGCAUCAAGGGCCUCACCACCGGCUCGCUGCCCACCUUCGUGGACGCGGGCAGCAACUUCGCCUCGUACGCCGUCCAGGAGGACAACCUGAUCCGGCAGCUGGCGCAGAACGGGAAAAGGGUGGUCUUCAUGGGGGACGACACCUGGGACGGCCUCUUCCCGCAGGCCUUCUUUCGCUCCUACUUUUUUCCUUCGUUCAACGUGAAGGACCUGCACACUGUGGAUGAGGGCAUCCUGCAGCAUCUCUACCAGACAGUGGAUGGUGGCGAAUGGGACCUGCUGAUUGCACACUUCUUGGGUGUGGAUCACUGUGGCCACAAACAUGGGCCAGACCACCCCGAAAUGGCCAAAAAGCUUUCUCAGAUGGAUGGCGUGCUCAGGGCGCUGGUCGACCACCUGGCAAAUGACACAGUGCUUCUGGUGGCAGGCGACCAUGGCAUGACGGGGACUGGGGAUCACGGGGGGGACAGCGAGGAAGAGGUGGAUGCGGCGCUCUUUGUGUAUAGUAAAGCCCCGCUGUUCCAGAACGAGCCGCCAAAGGAGCCGGAGACGGUCCCACAGGUGAACCUGGUCCCCACGCUGGCGCUCCUGCUGGGCGUCCCAGUGCCUUACAGCAACAUCGGGGAAGUGAUGGCUGACCUCUUCGCGGUGGAGGGUGAUGCGGCCGCCUCGGCCCUCGCCCAGCUGGCCGCGUACAGCAUCAACGCCGGGCAGGUGCACCGCUUCCUGCACUCCUACUCGCUGGCUGCUCAGGACAUCCCCGCGGAGAAGCUGCAGCGCCUCCGGGACCUCUUCUCCUCCACGGCAGAGGCGCACGAGCAGCUCCUGGCCCAGCCGGGCUCAGCUCUGCUGCCGCAGCUGGAGCACCUCCAGGGCCUCUUCCGCCGCUACCUGCGGGAGGCCCGGGCGGCCUGCGAGGAGACCUGGGCCCGCUUCCACCUGGCCCGCAUGUUGGCCGGCUGCGCCCUGCUGGCAUCGUCCUGCGUGCUGUGCUACGUGGCCUCCCGCGUGGCCUUGGACCGGGCCUUCUCCUACCGCCGCCUCCUCCUCUACCCGGUGCUCUGGGGGCUGGCGGGGGCCGCCCUUCUGGGCCUCGCGCACCUCGGCGGGUGGGCCGGGGUGGACCCCCUCCUGCUCUCCUCCUGGGGGGCAGCAGCAUCCCAGCUGGGCUUCUUCUGGCACUGCUGGAGCGGAAGGCCCUGUCCAACCAGGCCCCACGCCCUGCCCGGGGGCACGGGCCUGCGGCAGAGGCUGCAGGCCGGCCCGGGCCAGGCCCUCCCCGUGGGCAUCCUGCUGGCCCGCUGCGGCGCCUCGCUCUCGGACAGCUUCGUGGUGGCGGAGGCCCGGGUGGCGCCCUUCCUGCUCGGCUCCCUGGCGCUGGCGCUGGUGCUGCGGCUGCACUGGCGGGGCCGGCUGGCGGGCUCCCGGGGGCCCCCGCAGCUGCUGGGCUGCCUGGGCGCCGUCCUGCUCUGCGCGCGGCUCUCGGGCCUGUUCUGGCAGUGCCGCGAGGAGACGCCCCACUGCCGCUCCUCCCCGCUCCUGGCCCCCCUCUCCAGCCUGCAGAGCCCCCGGGCCAAGAACCUCUGCUACGUGCUCUGCCUGGCCGGCCUGGCGGGCCAGGCGUGGGGGGUCCGCCGCUGGCUGCAGCACCACGGCAACCUGAACAGCCCCAGCGCCCCGGCACUCGUCGCCCGCUGGGGGCUCCCACUGCUGGCGCUCGGCCUGGGCGGCUACUGGGCCGUCACCUCCGGGGCCGAGGAGGAGCUGGCCCGGCUGCACGCGUGGGUGCAGCUGGCCCUGGCGGCCCUCCCCCGCGGGAUCUUCGGCCUCGUGGCCCUGGGGCUGCUGCUGCUCCUCUGGAGCCCUGUGACCGUCUUCGUGCAGGACGGCCGGGAGCCCCCAGGGGCGGGCGUCCCCGUCGCGUACCCCAGCUCCGAGGCGGAGCUCCGGCAGGUCAUCCCGCAGCUCUACCGCCGGAUGCAGGAGUCGCUGAGGAGCCGGCUGGCCGAGGCGCAGGCCGGUGGCGGGGCCACCGUGGCCGCUUACGGGCUGGGCAGCGUCUACUCGGCGGCGCUGCUGGUUGGCCUGGCCCUGCUUGGCUUCCUCCUGAUGGCCCUGCACAGCGAGCGGCUCAGCCUGGCCUUCCUGCUGCUCUUCCUGGAGGCCUUCGCCCUACUCUGGAUGCACGCCUGGGCCACGGCACUCUCCUUCUCGGCCUCUUCACGGGCCCCCGAGCCCUUCGAGGUGGCCUGGUCUGCCCUUGUCCUCUGGGCACUCGCCGCCACGCAGUUCUUCUACGCCACCGGCCACCAGCCGGUCUUCCCGGCCAUCCACUGGAACGCCGCCUUCGUGGGGUUCCAGCAGGGACACGCAGGCGUCCUGGUGCCCGCGCUCUUGGUCGGGGCCAACACCUUCGCCUCACACGUCCUCUUCGCCGCCGGCUGCCCGCUGCUGCUCCUGUGGCCGUUCGUGUGCGAAGCGCUCACCUCCAGGGGCAGGCGGCCCCGGGCAGAGCUUCCCCAGCCGGGGGAGCAGAUGAUGGAAAUGAGGCUCCGGGAGGACCCCGCGCGGUUCGUGGCAGCCCUGCUCCAGCUGGGACUCAAGUACCUGUGUGUUCUGGGGGUUCAGCUUCUAGCUUGUGUCUUGGCUGCCUUUAUUCUCAGAAGGCAUCUGAUGGUUUGGAAGGUGUUUGCUCCCAAGUUCCUCUUCGAGGCGCUGGGCUUCGUGGCGAGCAGCGUCUUCCUGCUGCUGGGCCUGGGCCUGGUGAUGCGUGUGGACUGUGCCGUCAGCGCCUGGUUCAAGCGGGUCAUCCUUGCCCAGUCCAGGUAGCACGAGCGCCGGCUGGAGUCCGGCCAGGAGCACCGCCGGGGGCUUCCAGGAUCGCAGAGGCGCCAGCAGUGGGCACGUGCCAGCUGGGCCAGGCGGCCCUCUCCGUCGGGGCUCCGUGCUGGGUGUGGGGCUCCUGUGGUCAGUGAAGGGGACAUGGGAGGGCAGGAAGGGAUGAGCGCAGCGCCCUCCAGAGAAAUGCUGCAGCCUCGCUUGCCACGUCUAGCGUGUGAGCAGCCCGUGAACCCCUGUGCCAGGGCAAGGAAGGAGUGCUUUUCUCCGUGAGAACCAUGGGAGGCGUGGUGUGCUGCGGCACUGGGAGCCGGUGCUCUGGAAGGCAGCUGCACCUCGGGGUGGCCGGGCUGCCAUCCCUCCUCCCCCUUUGCGAGCUGGAGGUCUGAGCAGCUGCCGUCGAGGGAGCUGGUGGUGCGUUCGUGGGUGGAAGGGGAGAGCUUGCCCAGAGCUGGGUUUGUGGCGGGGCCAGGCCAGACCCCGGCCCGUGAAGCCGCCGUUGAGCUGGGGCCUUGAGGACUUCUGGGGCCACCGGAGAAAGGCCUCGCUUGCUCUGCUGUUCGGGGACUAUGCGCUGCCACCACCUGCAACGGAAGGCCUCUCUGGACGCACCUGGCAGACCCGUGGCGCUCACCCACCGCUGCGAUGGCGUGAACAGUGUUGGAACCGAGGCGGCAGCGGGACGUGCUGCUCCGUGGGACUGGGAGCCGGGCUGCUUCGCCUGCCCACCAGCCAGGGGCUUCGUUGGCGCACCUGGGCAUAAGCGGCUCAGUUCCGGUUCCACAGAGUCGAGGAAUGCUGCAGUUGGAAGGGGCCAGAAGCCCAUCGGGUCCAGCCCUCAGUCGGAACUUCUGCGUGCUUGAACACUUUGAACUGGGUUCUGGAUUUCUAGAUGUGGUUUGCCAACAUGAAAAUGUGGGACAUCA